AUGUUCUCCACGCACCUGCCCCUAUUGGUGUUCAAGUGUUUCCUCGGCGUCGCGUCGGUUCGGAUCGUGCAGCAAGCGGGCUUCAGGAGCGCCCAGGGUGCAAGCUUCCCCCGGCCGACCUCUUCAGGUGACUUGGACCAGGACGUGCUCCUCCAACACAUGUCCAAACUGUACGAGAGGAGCAACAGGGAACAGCGUCUUAAAGAGGGCAACACAGUUAGGAGCUUCAGAGCGAUUCAGACGCCAUCUGACCUCAGGACAGUGUACCACCUAAACCUGACAGCACUCCAGGACUCUGAGGUCAUCCUGUCAGCCACAUUCCACUUCCUGCUAGGACGGCUCCCUCCAAAAGCAUGGCUCUGCAAACGCUUCAAGAGCACAUCCUGCCGGUCCUCUGCCACGCAGCCAUCCCCGUCUGUCAGGCUUCUCCUUCGUGCUGUCUCCUCAGAGUCGGGAGUCAGUUUUGGGUCAGUUGGGUCAUUCCUAGGCAAUGUGACCUUCCACCCCCACAGGAGAGGGGUGUGGCAGAUGAAAGACGUGACCCAGGUCAUAAAGGAGGCGAGGGACAAGGGUCAUCGCCUAGUGUCAGUGGAGUUGGACUUAGGUCAGCAAUACCCGAGGAAAGCAGAGGAGUUCCGAUUGCCCUACCUGUUAAUCUAUGCAGAUGACCUAGCCUUGGCAGAACCUAACAGCGUGUCGCCAAGUCUUCAGAGGUAUGACCCGUUCUCUGAGGUUGGAGAAACCUCGCAGUCCCCCAACCACUUGCAUGGAGCCGAUUUCUCCCCAGAGUUCAAAGCACGGGUGAGGAGGGAAGUCACUUUUCUCCCAGACUCCAUUCAGAACAAUGAGUUGCCUGAGGUUGACUACAGGUCUGAUGGAUACAGGAAGGACGACCUCUGGGAGAGCUCAUGGUACCCAGCCAUCAAACCAAAACACUCCGGGAAGCAGGAAAAGAAAAGAAAGAGCCAUGAGGAAGGAGGUCAUCAAGGAAGGGGAGGAAAUAAUAAAGAAGCAUCAGAAAGAACCACAAACAGGUCUAAGUCGGAAGAUGUGAGAAGACACAAAGAAAGACUCACCCAGUUGGUGGAUAGUCGAAGGUUAGAGCACAAACAUGAGGCUGGCGAUGUAAAAAAGCACAAUAAGGGAAGUGCUCAUCACUCCCGCUCACCUGUGUUGAAUUUCGAUGAUGAAACAAUGCGCAAGGCCAGAAGAAAGCAGUGGGGAGGCACUCAGCACCACAGCUGCUCGAGAAAGAACCUCAGAGUGGAUUUUGCAGACAUUGGCUGGAGUGAGUGGGUCAUAGCACCCAAAGCAUUUAAUGCCUAUUACUGCUCAGGCACAUGUGGAUUCCCCAUGUCUAAGGUGACGAGGCCUUCGAACCAUGCCACUAUCCAAAGCAUCGUGCGAGCUGUUGGGAUUAUUUCCGGGGUUCCGGAGCCCUGCUGCGUACCAGAGAGGAUGAGUCCUCUGGCAGUGCUCUACCGAGAAGAAUCCAAGGAUCUGGUGCUCAAGAUUUACCCCAAUAUGUCUGUUCAGUCCUGCUCCUGUAGAUAA